CUUUUGUUGCGUCUGCUUCGACAUACCACCACUCUCUCUGCCCGCCAUAUAAAUCUGGGAGUUAAAUUGGUUUUUCACUUUUAUGCUGUGAGAAUUUUGGAGAACUUAGGAGGGGAAAAUGUCUCAGUACUCAGGAAAGAUCGUGUUCUAUGAGGGGAAAUGUUUCACGGGGAGGAAGCUGGAGCUCUGCGGCGACUGUGACAACUUUCAGGACCGUGGCUUCAUGAACAGGGUCAACUCUGUCCGGGUGGAGAGCGGGGCCUUUGUCUGCUUUGACCACCCGGACUUCAAGGGUCAGCAGUAUAUUCUGGAGCACGGCGAGUACCCUGAGUUCCAGCGCUGGAAUGCCCUUAAUGAUCACAUGGGCUCAUGCAGACCAAUCAGGAUGCACGGAGAGCACUACAGGCUGGAGCUGUUCGAGGGAGACAACUUCACCAGCCAGUGUGUGGAGUUGUGUGACGACUGUCCGUUUCUGCAGACACGAGGCCUGACAAAGAACUGUGUCAACUCCAUCAAGGUUUAUGGAGAUGGAGCCUGGGUGUUGUAUGAGGAGCCAAACUACCACGGCAACAUGUACAUCGUGGAGAGAGGAAACUACUGCACCCACAAGGCGUGGCAGGCCGAGAACCCCACCAUCCAGUCCGUUCGCAGGGUCGCCAACUAUUUCUAAUGCUAUCUUACCAUCCAACCGUGAAUCGGGGACAAGAAGCGUCAUCUCUCCCCGACUGCAGCCGCAGAAAAAUAAAACGUAUAAAA